GGUAACACAUUGAGGCAGAGCCAAACUGUCAAAGCAGUUGGCAUGAGGUUUCACUGGUCUCACUUUCCACACGCAGCUGCUUCAGAACAAGGCGUUUGUUGGUCUGCGGGCCAGUUUGGUCACCAAAAGUCCGCGUGAGCUCAGCUUUUAGAUCCUAGGUUUUUGUUUGGCUGGAGAAGUUUGAAGUUGGAAGCCUCUGUGGUCUGAGUGUGAAGAUGCACUCGAACCAGAAGGACACGACCUACACCAAGCUCUUCGUUGGAGGCCUGCCGUAUCACACCACUGACUCGAGCCUCAGGAAGUAUUUCGAGGUUUUUGGGGACAUUGAUGAGGCUGUGGUCAUCACCGACAGACAGACUGGGAAGUCCAGGGGCUACGGGUUUGUGACUAUGGUUGACCGGCCUGCUGCAGAGAGAGCCUGUAAAGACCCCAACCCCAUCAUAGACGGCAGGAAGGCUAACGUUAACCUGGCCUACCUGGGGGCAAAGCCACGGAUCCUACAGCCAGGUUUCUCAUUCAGCGUCCCUCAGAUACAUCCAGCAUUUCUCCAAAGGCCUUACGGAGACAGUGAUGAUGAUCAGACCCCUUUACAAUUACAGUAUACCGCCCCAUUUCGCCAGCUCACGAGGAUUCCUGCUCAUUAUGUAUAUCCUCAGACCUUCGUCCAGCCCAGCGUUGUCAUCCCUAAUGUCCAGCCUUCUGCUGCGUCCACCACCGCAGCUGCCGCAUCUCCGUUUCUGGACUACACUAGUGCUGCUGCUUACGCUCAGUACUCCACAGCCUAUGACCAGUACCCGUACGCCGCCUCUCCUGCCGCAAGCUACCUCACCACAGCCGGCUAUGGCUACGUCCAGCAGCCUGUAGCAUCACCUGCACCACCAGCAGCAGCAGCAGCAGUAGCAACAGCGGCCGCAGCUUUUAGCCAAUACCAACCACAGCACCUACAGACUGACCGCAUACAAUAGUGAAGAGAAGUUAAAGUUAAAGUGCAGAUAAAGGAAAAAGUGUCUCGGUUUCCACUCACACCAAGACAUCAAGCAGCCAGAUUAGCUUCUUUAGUUUAGCGCUGGAGCUACAAGGCUAGUGUAGCUAACAAGUAAUGGACAUUCAUGGCUGUAUACACCAUGAUAACUACAUUAGCCUUAAACCAUGUGGAUUCAUUAAGUAGUCUUGAUUUAUGUGGUGUCUGUGACCGUUUUUAGCUAUGCUAAUGUACUUAGUCCGUGUUUAUAGUGAUUAUUACAUUAUCAGAGACCACAUAAUCAAGUCUGUUAGCGAUUACUGAGCAGCUCCACACAGUUUGAGGCAAAAGCCGUUAGUUAGCAUGAUGCUAAUGUGCGGCUGUGAGCUUUUUAUUACCCGUUAGCUACAUUAGCCUCGUGGCCCUAGCACAAAACCAAAGAAGCGAACUUCAGACACCAAAACACGUCUUGGCUGAUCAACUACAUUUGAGGUAAAAGGGUGAAACGGUGUUCAUUUGGUUUUGCGCUUUUUCGUCCUGCAGCUGGUGCUGAGUGUGAAGAAGGACUGCAGUCCAGCCAGAGAGCAGUGAUGCUCAUCAUGAAGAGAAAUAAGCUUUUAUUGGUAGUUGUUGUUUUUUGUGUUUGUGUUAUUUAAAGUGUAUUUAACAAGGCAAAAUGUGCGAAACAGCAACUCGCAUCGUCUUCAACCACAUCACCUCAAUGUGUUCUUCAAAUCCAGUGCUGUGCAAGCGUCUUAGGCCAAAAUGAUGACCAUAAAUGAAAGUAAAGAUUUGGGUCAUUCUA